AUGCCUGCGCAGGUUCGAGUCCUGUCGGUGACGAAUAAAUACACUGUCACCGUGCCCGAGCGGUUUAAGGGGGUGGACUUGAAGCUUGUUUUUUGCUUUUUGAGCACACCGAGCGACUCCUACGACCUGUGCGAGCAUGCACGCCAAUUUUCAGACCAUUCCAUGAAGUUUCAAGGCGCCCGGGGCCGGCAUCGUGUCCAUCCCCGCAGGUCUCCCAAAAAAAGCUACGGGUGA